CAAUUAUGUCUAUGCUGACAAUUUGUGUUUAAAACAUAUCUCGGAGAAGAACGUUCUUUAAAGUUUACAAACAGCUUCGAAGCCAAUUUGUUACUACCAACUGGGGUAGCUUCGCGAGUUAACCAAUGAAGACACAGCUUCAAUUUCUGAUACUUAAUCUCAUCCAAUGGGAUCACAGCUUGUCACUGCUGCUGCGUUGCCAUGGGCAACGUUUUAUCUGGUUCUCAAGCGUUGCAUCCUUAUUGCUAAAGACAUUCGCGGAGAAAGAGGGGUUCAGUUCCGUAUUACAACAGACAGACAGCGACUUGCCUCAGGUGUUCUGACGUAGUUCAGUAGAUUCUGUGACAGAUAAAAUCCGUUUACCAGAAUAGAGAGUUGGUGUGCAACUAAAUCGUGUUAGCCAAUUAGCUUGCUAGCUAACGUUAGCACGUCGAGCUAAUCUGCUUGCCGCAGAGAGUUAAUCCCAGGCUCUCUUAAACAUUACUGACAUCUUGUAAUUUGGAUGAAAAUUUUACAAACAAGUGGAUGAGUUGAACUGCAACAAAUGAUCCCAGUGGUUUUGUGACGGAAUAACCUAAGGCGACGUGGAAGAUUUGCACCAUAGUUUUUUUUUUUUAAUCCUCUUAAGACAUCCAGUGGAGAAAGAAGAUGGAGAUCCACCUAAAUCGAGUUGAUUACAUUCAGGUUGGUGUGACAUCCCAGAAAACCAUGAGGCUGCUUCCAGCGCUGGGAAAAAAGGCAACUCAAAAGGUUGCAAUUGCUGAUCAUGAUGGUAUACUGACAUGUUUUGGGAUGAAGAAAGGAGAAGCAGUGCCUGUGUUCAAAACGCUUCCAGGGCAGAAAAUAGCCAGAAUGGACCUUGGAGGAGCUGUUGGAACUCCACAGGAGAAGAUAUUUGUUUGUUCUGGUUCUCAGGUUCGAGGAUUCACCAAGAAGGGGAAACAGUUCCUCACCUUUGAAGCGAACCUCACUGAGAGCAUUAACGCCAUGCACGUCUCAGGCGCUGAUCUCUUUGUGUGUGCAAGUUACAUCUACAACCAUUACUGUGACUGCAAGGACCAAGACUACUACCUCUCUGGAGACAAAAUCAAUGAUAUCACAUGUUUGUCCUCAGAAAACCUGACUCGCCUCGUCCCAGUCCUGGCAUGCCAAGAUCGGGUUCUCAGAGUCUUGCAGGGAUCUGAACUUGCCUAUGACAUUGAAGUCCCUGGCCCUCCAUCGGUCUUGGAACUGUACAACAAAGAUGGAGGAGAGGAAAUUCUCUAUGGAACAACAGAUGGCAAAAUAGGAUUGGUCCAGAUUGGUGAACAUUCAGCUGCAACAAAAUGGGAGAUCAACAAUGACAAAAAGAAAGGAGGAAUUCUUUGUGUUGACACUUAUGACAUCAUUGGAGAUGGAGUGAAUGACAUCCUGGUUGGCCGGGAUGACGGGUCAGUUGAAAUCUAUGGUUUUGACAGCACCAGCGAGCCCACAUUACGCUUUGAACAUGUGUUGUCUGAGAGCGUGACUUCCAUCCAGGGUGGCUGCGUGGGGAAGGAGUCUUACGAUGAGGUCCUGACUGCCACUUAUACAGGAUGGGUCACUGGUUUGACCACUGAGCCCCAGAAAGCUGAGGCCGGUCCUGGGGAUGAGGUCAGGAUGAGUAAGGAGACCCAGUCCAAGGUGGAAGCACUCAGGGCAGAGCUGGAGCAGCUGCAGGUCAAAGUCCUGCAGGGCCGUGAGCAGUACCAGCAGACCUCCCAGUCGAGCACAGCGGUUUCUGCUGUGCCCGUCUUCAGCAUUAACGACAAGUUCACCCUCUGCCAAGACGAUGCCAGCUACAGCCUCACUCUCGAGGUGCAGACUGCCAUCGACAAUCUGCUGCUGCAGAGUGAUGUCCCUAUAGACCUGCUGGAUGUGGAUAAGAACUCAGCUGUUGUCAGCUUCAGUGAAUGUGAUUCAGAGCAACCAAAUGGGAACUUCCUACUGGCCACAUACAGAUGUCAAGCAAAUACAACAAGGCUUGAGCUUAAGGUGAGGUCCAUCGAGGGACAAUAUGGGACCCUUCAGGCUUACAUCACCCCCAGACUGCAACCCAAGACAUGCCAGGUCCGCCAGUACCAGAUCAAACCUCUGUCCCUCCACCAGCGGACACACAGCAUAGACCAAGACAGGCCCAUGAACAGGCUCAGUCUGGUGGGGCAGUUUAGUUUUGCUGAGAUCCACUCCUGGGUGGUCUUCUGUCUGCCAGAGGUGCCUGAGAAAACACCAGCGGGAGAGAGCAUCACUUUCUAUUUCCAUAACACUUUUCUUGGGACACAGCUUGAAGCCACCUACUGUAAAGGAGAGGGUCACUUCAGGUCAGACAACAUCUCUACUAUCUCCAUACUGAGUGAUGUUCUCUCUAAAGAAGCCACCAAGAAGAAAAUCAAUCUGAAUAUUUCAUAUGAUAUCAAUGAUGACUCUGUGAGCCACACCCUGAAGAUGAUACAUCCAAAGCUGGAGUACCAACUGUUGUUGGCGAGAAAAGUUCAGCUUAUUGAUGCACUCAAAGAGCUUCAGGUUCAUGAGGGGAACGCUGACUUCCUCAUCCCGGAGUAUCGCAACAUCUUGGACGAGUCUACUAAUCUUCUCGAGGAGUACAAGAAGCAGCCAGCGCACCUUGAGAGGCUUUAUGGAAUGAUCACAGACCUCUUCAUCGACAAAUUCAAAUUCAAAGGCCAGAAUGUUAAAACCAAGGUGUCCUCAUUGCUGGAGAUACUCGAUAAUUAUGACUUAAAUUCUCUGUUAAACUUUUUCAGUGACCUAUGAUGAUACAUAGAUCAGAUGGUAUUUAUAUACAUGUGUUUAUUUUUGCUAUUUUUGUAUUGCAUGUAAUGUAUUGCAAGAAAAAAAUGUAGCAGCAGAGUCUGUCACGUUGUCAUACUGUCAUGUAGAUAUUGUUUGUUCUAACUACAGUGCACAAUAUUUACAUAUUGAUUCAUGUUAAUUAAUGUCUUUUGGUAACAACUAAAACAAGGGUGGUGAUUAGUAAACAACUACAAGGUUAGUGCAGGUCUAAGUUUGAUAUUUCACUGACCUUAUAUAAAUCAGAAUUCAUGUUUUAUAUCAUAAUUGCCAGAAGACCGUGAGUACCUCCUCUUGAAAUAAAAAUUAGAACUUAUUUGUAA